AUGUUUUCACCUUUGCUUCUCCUCUCUCUGCUGGUGGGGAACACAGUAUCAUCAGGCCCAGUGAGCAGAGCAGAGCUUGUAGCAUCCAGGGAUGCCACCACCUUUUUCCAGCUGGCUCAGGAAGACUCUUGGGAGAAUGUUAAUCUCACCAGCAUCAUGUCCUGUGAGGAUUGGAAGAACAGGACCUGGAUCAGGCUGCAGCUGACCAACAGCAGCCUGACAGCUUUCCCCGUCUGCCUUCCAGAGGCCCUGGAGACCCUGGACCUCAGCAACAACUUCUUAGAAGAGGUGAAUGGGACGGAGAUAGCAAAUCUCAAGCGGCUGCGCAUCCUCUCACUGAGGCAGAACCACCUCCAGGCAGUCAGAUGGGGAUCUGAAGCCCUCAGCAGUCUCCUCUCCCUGGACUUAAGCUUUAAUAAACUGACAUUUGUGCCAUCAUGCCACAGCUCUGCCUUUCCUAACUUGAGGUGGCUGUCCCUGGCUGGAAAUCCACUGAUAGAAAUCCAGCCACUGGCUUUUUCCUGUUACCCUCACCUACAGUUCCUGAACCUCUCUGCAACACUGCUUGGGAAGGAUGACGGCAGGGGAAUUAGGGAGUCUGCUUUUGCCAUUAGCACAUCUCCCACUGAGGCCAUAAACAAACUUGGAAACACCAUCAACAUGCUUGAUCUGAGUGAGACCUUUCUUGAGAAACUUCAACCAGAGUGGACCAGAGACUUGUCCAGCCUCAGAUCACUUCACCUGACAAAGAUGCCACGAUUAAGAAGCCUCGAUACUGACUUCCUCAAUUCCAUGCCUGAUCUCCAAGAGCUGAACUGUCAAGACUCCCACUCACUGGGUUUCAUCAGGACAGAGAUGUUUGACAGUGCGCCUCAUCUGAGCCAUCUCUCAUUUGAGAACUGUAACCUGAGCUCCUUUAAUCCUUGGAAUAUCAAUUCAUCGGGUAGCAUCACCAUCAACUUGUACGGAAAUCCUCUGCUAUGCGACUGCCAACUCUCCUGGCUGCUCUCCAGGACCAAAAGCGUUGUGCUGCAAAAGGCUUCGGAGACUUUUUGCAAUACACACCAGGAAGACUGGGACAAACCUUCAACAUCUGUUUCACUGCUUGAGCUCCAUGAUAAAUGCCAGUCUGUGGGAAAUGUUACACACCCAAAUUCAAACACCUCCCUUCCUGAACAUGAUGCUGUCAGCCUCACCAGUUACAAUGCCACUCCUGCAGUAACAACAGACUCUGCUCUGCUAACCAAAGACACUUACACCAGCUCCCCAACUCAGAGGAAGGUAAUGAGCACAACAGCAGCCAACCCAACUGAGCUCAUGCUCACAAAGGCCAACAUUUCCUCCCAGGAAGAGGAGGCAGCUUCCAAAUCUACAAGCCACCCCCCUUCUUUUGCAUCCAUAACCACCCCACAGAGUUUUCUCAAAGAGUUCCGUAGUCAAUCCUCAGAUUAUGGCUCCACAAGUCAAACUGAAACAUAUGAGCUGAAGGGAGAGCUCAGAACAACCGAGGUGACGUCUCCCCGGGAAGGUCCAUUCAACCAGCCCACUACAGAUUAUUCUACUAGAGCAACAGCAAAACCCAAUGCCACUGACCAUUCUAUCUACCCCUUUGCCAUUCACACAGGGGGAGCUACAAGCCUACCACAGGUGAACUCCACAAGGACCAGUGCUCGGCCAGAGCUGGUGUCCACCAGGUCACUGAUACACUACGUAGAUGACUAUGACUACAGUGAGCAGCCGAUGGAAACCCCAGUGCAAGUUGCAUAUGUCGCCUGUGACUACAACCCUUGCAGACACCUUCAGAAGCCAUGCAGUGAACUUCAGAGUGUAUCCCAGUGUCUAUGUCCUGGCAUGUCGAGGGAAGAUGAGGUUCCAGAUCCACCAACGCUCAGAGAGGUGUCUGAAGUUACAGACAGCUCUGCACAGAUCCGCUGGUGCGCCCCAAAUUCAGUUGUUCAAACCUAUGAGCUGAUGUUUCAUGCCCAGGGCAAGGAGGACAGAAAGCUUGUCCUGGACAAUAUUUAUUCCACAGCAAGGCAGCACACGCUGUAUAACCUAUCACCAUACACCACGUACCACAUCUGCGUGACUGCUUCUAACAAAGCAGGGUCAAGCCAGGCAGUAAACCAGGGAAUUGCAGGUAAUUCAUGCACCAAAUUUAAAACAAAACCCAGCUACAAGUCUGUCUUUGCUGCUCUGUCUGCAGCAAGUGGACUCUUUCUUAUUUCCACUAUCGUUUUGUCUCUGUGUCUGCGUAAGGCAUGCAAAAAGCCUCAGAGUGAGCAAUAUGGCACACACUUGGUCUCUUAUAAGAAUCCAGCAUUUGAUUAUCCGUUAAAACUACAGACUACUAAUUAG